CUUUGCCAUCCAGUCGUUAUCGGACUUCCGACAGCUGGUCAUUGACCGAUUUGCCGACGCGUUGUUUGUGAUACGCGCACUUGUGAGGACGCACUUUAGCGGGGAUACGCCGACUCAACCGCAGAACGGCCGCAGUGUGGAGUGCGGAGCCGUAUGAUGCCGUCUCGUGAGGCUCGCAGGGCGUUCAUAUCCUUAACAAUGCCCAGAAGCUUUCAUUGUUCUGCGUUUCGACCCUGGUCACUGGCACCGAACAAGCUCAGUAUACACUAAGGAUCAAUACUUCCAAAUUGUACCAAGUACACCUCGAUACCGACAAGCAAUCCGCUAUGGCCGCCACCAAAGCCAUCCUCAUCACCGGUGCUACGGGAAAGCAGGGCGGUUCCGUUCUGAACCAGCUUGCAAGCCACCCUACCGCUUCCCAAUUCACGCUCCUGGCUGUAACCCGUGAUGCGAGCAGCGCCUCAGCCAAGCGCAUCGAGGAGCGUCACCCCAAGGUCUUGCUCGUGCAAGGUGAUUUGAACGAUGUACCGGGACUCUUCGCUUCCGCCAAAUCCACACUCAAGGAAGCUGGAAAGCCAGAGCAGAUUUGGGGUGUGUACUCGGUCCAGAUCUCAAUGGGCCCUGGUGUCACUACAGACUUCGAAGUCAAGCAGGGCUCCGACUUGAUCGACGAGUCCAUUAAGGAGGGUGUGACACACUUUGUCUACUCGAGUGUAGACCGCGGCGGCAACGAGCACAGCUUCAACAACCCAACUCCAAUCCCGCAUUUCCAGACGAAGCAGGAGAUCGAGAAGCACCUCCUCGAGAAGGCUGGCAAGAAGGGCGAGAAGAUGGGCUGGACUAUCUUGAGGCCUGUUGCCUUCAUGGACAACCUCGAACCUGGAAUGAAGUCCAAGGUCUUCCUCACUGCACUGAGGGAUACCUUGAAGGGCAAGUCGAACCAAUGGGUAUCCGUUGAGGACAUCGGCAUCUUUGGUGCUAUGGCCUUCAGGGAGCCCAAGGAGUGGAAUGCACGCGCCGAGGGUCUUGCUGGCAGCGAGCUCACAAUGGACGAGAUGAAUGGAUGCUUCGAGAGGGCAAUCGGUCAGCCGGUACCGUAUGCAUUCAGCUUCAUGGGUUCGGCGCUCAUGUGGGCGGUUACCGAGGUCAACGUCAUGAUCAACUGGUUCGCAGACGAGGGCUAUGGUGUUGAUAUUGCCAAGCUGAGGAAAGAACAGCCACAGCUUUGUGACUUCGAGAGGUGGCUGAAGGAGAGGAGCGGUUGGAAAGACCAGGCAAUCAAGAACUAGGUCGUGGCAUGAGGAGCAUCUGGCGUUCGGUCUAUCUCAUAGUACUUAAUGACGAAAUUGAUUGAAACCUCACACUACGUCGAAACUUUUGCUGGUAAAUCGUAGGGCUUAUUGUGAGGCAGGCUCGAUGCCUCAAUUUCGGACAGCACUGGGAUAUACGUCUCCACAUUCACACCAACAACAUAUUCACGAGACAAAUAAUG